CUUCUUCUUCUUCUUCUUCAACAAUUAUGCCUUGCCCCCUCUCAUCGCAUUAAUUGCUGAAAUCCUAUAGACAUCAAAGACGCGCUCUCUCUCUCUCUCUCUCUCUCUCUCUAAAAUUCUCUCUCUCGCCUCUCAAUCGGAGCUUUCACUGGUCUCACAUGGAUUCAAUCGGAAGGGGCGUCUCUCCGGCGACACCCCUGAAAGACUCGCAAGCCCCUCGGUGCAAGAACCACUCAGAGAACUCGAAAUACUCCGAGAACUCAAACCCUAAUUUGUCCAAUUCGAGUUCCAAACCGAAACAGACCAACUCCCCAGUGAUCAAGUCCGUCAAAUCCCAGAAGUCGGCCUCGAAGCACUCGAAGCCGGCUGCACUUGUCUCUCCGAGAAACCGGAUUCGGGAGAGAAAGUUCGUCGUCGCUAAGAAGAACGGGAAGAAAGGAGACCAGAAUGGGGACUCGAAGGUCGCUUGCAAAUGCAACGAGAAGGGCUCCGGGGGGAACUCAAAGAAGUGCCUUUGCGUGGCUUACGAGAACCUGAGGGCUUCUCAGGAAGAGUUUUUCAAGAACCGGAGCGGCGGUGGUGAAGAGACCUGCGAAUCAAAGGAAGAGAAUGAGGAGAUCGAGAAGGGUCUGACGAUCCAUGAUCUUGAAGCCGCAGAUGGUUUCCAUGGGGAAGUUGGGGGAAAUGAGUUGAAUGACUUGAAUGAUCCCGAAUUCUGUGAAGUAGGCGAGAUCGAUCAGAUGGGCACUUCCACAGUCAAGAGAAGAAGGGACAGGUUAAUGGAGGAUGCCAGGAACAGUGUGCCGGAAACAGGGGCAGGAAGGGUGAUGCAUUUGGUCAAGGCCUUCGAGAAGCUCCUAACGAUCCCAAAGGAGACAGUGCAGACGAACGAUGGCAACGAGACAGAAGGGGAGAGUGUGAAUGUUAAGAAGGAGCCAGUUAAGUGGGCAUUACCGGGAUUACAGCCUCCUAAGGCUCCUGAAACCGAGCUGUCUGCGUCUUCCUUUUCUCCUUUGGAACUGAUGUUGACUGCUGAAAAUCUCGGCCUCGACUUGAGAGCUUCCCUUUCAUCAUCUUGGGAUAGCACUCAGGGCAGUAUCUCAAGCAGGACGUCUAAUGGAGGUCGGAGGAGCCGAAGAAAUAGCACCGAAUCGUGUGCAACAACACACGGUGGGAGCAGAUGGAAGAAGAAGCAGCUCAAAGCGACUUGCCAGAAGCCCUUUAAGCUGAAAACUGAGCAAAGGGGAAGGCUGAAGGAGGAGGAGUUCACGAAGAAGAUGCAAGACAUGAUGGAGGAACAAGAGAGGCUGAGAAUCCCAAUUGCGCAAGGCCUUCCAUGGACCACAGAUGAACCCGAGUGCCUGAUCAAACCUCCUGUCAAAGAGAACACGAGGCCUCUUGACUUAAAGCUACACAGUGAUUUGAGGGCAAUGGAGCGCGCCGAGUUUGAUCAGCAGAUGGCAGAGAAGAUGAGUCUUAUAGAGCAAUACAAGAUGGAAAGGGAAAGGCAACAAAAGCUGGAGGAAGAGGAGGAGAUAAGGAGGUUGAGAAAGGAAUUGGUGCCAAAGGCACAGCCCAUGCCGUAUUUCGACAGGCCUUUCGUCCCCAGAAGGUCAUCGAGGAAUCCAACCAUGCCCAGAGAGCCCAAGUUUCAUAUUCCUCAGCACAAGAAGAUCAAGUGUGCCUUGUCGUGGAAUGAUAUUAGCCCAUAUACAUAUCAUCAAUGAACCUAAACUAAAGAUAUAUCAGAUGUAUGACCUGGGAGAAGGCAUCAGCAUAAUCCCCAUUCCUUUGUUAUUAGAAGUUCAAUAAUGUUCAGCAUUCUUUCGCCCUCCAAACGUGUAUAUGAAGCAACCCGUACAGUUGCAGUUUUGAUGAUAUGGACUCUUUGUUUUUCGUAAUCAA